GGUUUUGGGCAUGGGGCGAUAUGGACAGAUUUCCCAGGCCACCCUCAUCCAAACAGGUUCUUUGGGGCCUUCACUGUCUGUGAUUCUGAGGAAACUACCAGUGGCCACCAGCCCUCAGGAAAUGAAGGAUUUUAUAGAAGUGAUCAAGUUUCACAUCACAAUCUGUAAACAUGACAGCCUGGUGAAGGUCCUGUGGUGUCAGAGCCAAGCUCUACCCCUCUGCCUCAUCCUGGAGGCCAUGAGCCUAGGAAAUUUACUGCACUUCCUGUGGCAAGCCCGUCAGGGGGCCUUACCUGUUAAGGGGCAUAUUUAUGAGCUGACAGAGAAGAGCGUGUUCACCAUGGUGAUCCAAAUCGCACGUGGACUGGUAAGUGCUGAGUAUGUAGAGGAGGGGAGGGGGUCAAAUACACUGGCUUGUUAAUUUCAAGGCCAAUUCCUUAAUCUUUAGAGAAGGAAGCAUGGC